CUGCUUUGACCCGCUUCGUUUCUCGUCUUUCUCCUUUUCCAUUAGGCAUACUCUGAGAGAGAGAGAGAAAGAGAGAGAGAGAAACAAUCAGACAUUGCUCUGUUAUAGGGAGAGAGCUGUGAGCCGACAUUAAUGGCGGUUUCUCUGAGAUGGUUUUCUGUAUUGGCAUUACUGGCUGUAAUGCUUGUUGUGGGUGUGAAGGCUGCAAUUGGGAGGGACGACCUUGCGCAGUCAAGGACUAAAGAAACAGAGGAGUUGAAGAGCUCGUCAAUGGCGGAAAGGUCAGAGGAAGGUGAAGCCUGGAAGAAUGAGCAUGCUGUGGAUAAUCCUGAAGACGUUGCUUCAAUGGUUGAUUCGAGUAUUCGGAAUAGCACGGAGAGGAGGAAGUUAGGAUUUUUCUCGUGCGGAACUGGAAACCCAAUUGACGACUGCUGGCGGUGUGACCCCAACUGGCACCGCAACAGGAAGAGGCUGGCCGAUUGUGGAAUUGGCUUUGGACGAAAUGCGAUUGGGGGUCGCGACGGCAAGUACUAUGUUGUGACGGACCCAAGCGACGAUGACGCAGUGAACCCGAGACCGGGCACGCUCCGGUAUGCAGUGAUCCAGGACAGGCCGCUGUGGAUACUGUUCAAGCGGGACAUGGUGAUCACUCUGAAGCAAGAGCUGAUCAUGAACAGCUUCAAGACCAUCGAUGGUCGUGGGGUGAAUGUCCACAUUGCCAAUGGGGCUUGCAUAACUAUCCAGUUCAUCACAAAUGUCAUCAUCCAUGGCCUCCACAUCCACGACUGCAAGUCCACGGGGAAUGCCAUGGUUCGAAGCUCCCCAACUCACUAUGGGUGGAGGACAAUGGCCGAUGGCGAUGGGGUUUCCAUUUUUGGAGCAAGCCAUAUCUGGGUUGACCACAAUUCACUGGCUAAUUGUGCUGAUGGCCUUGUGGACGCCAUCAUGGGUUCCACUGCCAUUACCAUCUCCAACAACUACUUCACUCACCACAAUGAGGUGAUGCUGUUGGGUCACAGUGAUUCUUACACCAGAGAUAAGCAAAUGCAGGUCACCAUUGCCUACAACCAUUUUGGCGAGGGUCUUAUACAGAGAAUGCCUAGGUGCAGGCAUGGAUAUUUCCAUGUGGUGAACAAUGACUACACUCACUGGGAAAUGUAUGCAAUUGGUGGAAGUGCUGAACCCACCAUUAACAGCCAGGGCAACAGAUAUCUUGCCCCUGCCAACCUUUUUUCUAAAGAGGUUACGAAGAGAGUUGACACUGAAGAUGGUGUAUGGAAGAACUGGAAUUGGAGAUCAGAGGGAGACCUUCUGCUGAAUGGGGCCUAUUUCACUCCAUCAGGAAAUGGAGCUGCCGCCAGUUAUGCCAGGGCCUCUAGCUUAGGUGCAAAGUCCUCUUCCAUGGUUGCCUCCAUUACUUCUGGUGCUGGUGCUCUUUCCUGCCGCAGAGGAUCACAAUGUUAAAACUCAACCCCAUCCGAGGACCAAAAAAAAUACAUAGUUCAAUUUUUUUUCCUUCUUUCCCCUUUCUACUGUUAAAGCACUGCUCAAGCUCCCAAUCAAUUCUGUUUCCAACACCUCAUCGUAUGUCUCCAGUGAUUCCAUAUUGGACAAGUGUAUAUCAGUCAUUAUGUUGUCACAGUACUCGUAAACAUUAUUCCACUUGUCAUCUCACCACCAAUGCUCAACCUCGGCCUGCUUCAAAUGCGAGGAUUACAUCCAUUGGGCGGGUGCAGAAGUGUUGUUCAUUUCCUUUCUCCCCUCAUUGAUCUGUUCCCUGGACGUUGGAACCAUCCUUGUCUUAAUCUCAUCUUUGAAAUACAUCGCUUGUAUUGUGGUCCAUAUGCACCAAGUGUCCGCCUCUUUCUCGUUUUUCAAAAUCUUACUUGCAUAGUGGAGAAAAGAGUGAAAAAAAAAAAAAAAAAAUCAGUUCAUGUAUUGAAAAAAACUCUCUUAUCGUGAUGAUGAAGAUGAUGUUCAGCUUCAA